AUGAGCAGGGGGGGGAAGAAGAUGCACCGUCUGGGUCCAGGAAUGGCUCAGUCUCCAGAUCCUGAUCUCAACAUCGUCCUGAUGGGACGCAGCGGAGUGGGAAAGAGCGCUUCUGGUAACACGAUUUUAGGACAAGCAGCGUUUAGGUUGAGUGAAGGGUGGGGACCGGUGACGAUGAGAAUCCAAAUGGAAAAAGGAAUCAUUUUAGGAAAGGUGAUCCGAGUGAUCGACACUCCAGGAAUUGUAAGCUCAAAAGAGGAACUGAAAACCUUCUGCCAGCGUCUCCUGCGGUCCUCCACCCCUCUGCUGUUCCUGGUGCUGGUUACGACUGGUCGUUUCACGGAUGAGGAAAAGGAGGCUGUGCAGGCAGCCAUCACAGUCCUUGGCGAUGAAGGUCUGGCAAACAGCUUCCUGCUCUUCACAGGUGGAGAUGAGCUGAACGUGUCACUGCAGGAUCACAUCAGCCAGUCUAAGAGAAGCCCGCUCCAAGACGUCAUUAAGAAGUUCGGGGACAGGUAUCAUCUGUUCAACAAUAAAGAGCCUCAAGACGAGGGGCAAGUCAGAGAGCUGCUGAGGAAGGCUGAACGCCACAGGACCCGCGAGCUGCUGAGAUUCAAAGCAGAAGGUGUCUCCAUCGUCCUGCUGGGAAACACCGCUGUGGGCAAAAGCGCUUCUGCAAACACCAUCAUAGGCCGAGCGGCGUUUGAGUCGAGGGCUUCCCUCAAAGCGGUGACGACAGGAAUCGGAGAGGAAACGGGACAGAGGUUUGGGAAGCUGAUCACAGUGAUCGACACUCCGGGACUUUUAGGAUCAGAGGAGCUGAUUGAAAAGUACUACCUGGGCCUGCCCCACUCCUCCACACCUGUUCUGUCUCUGGUGGUGGUCAGAGUCGGUCGGUUCACCGAGGAGGACCGGCGCGCCGUGGAGACAGCGAUCAGAGUCCUCGGGCCUCGGCGGUUUGAGAACAGCUACCUGCUGUUCACAGGAGGAGACGCCUUAAAGGACAAAAGUCUGCAGGACUUUGUUUCUGAAGAUGAAGCAGGUCCUCUCCAUCAGGUGGUGCAGAGGUUCGCAGGGAGGACUCACCUGUUCAACAAUGAAGGAGGAGGACGAAAGCAGGUCAGAGAGCUGCUGCAGAAAGCAGGUGAUCGUCUCAUGGCGUCUCUCACACUGGUGGACAGGAGAGUCAUUCUGAUUGGUCUGUCUAGAGGAGGGCGGAGCUCAGCAGGAAACACCAUCCUGGGAUCGGAGCAGUUCCCGACAGGAUGUGGGUUUGAACCGGUCCCAGCUGAGGUGGUCUCUGGGUCAGCAGCAGUGGAGGGCUGUUGGAUCACAGUGGUCGACACUCCAGGAUUCACAGCCAGAGACUCGGAUGAAGAUCAGCUGAAAAAACGCCUCUGGAUGAUUGGACAACAGUCUAAUCCAGGACCUCACGCCGUGGUGUUCGUGGUCAGGAUAGGCAGGAUUAACUCCUCCAUGGUGCUCUUCACUCACGGAGAUGAGCUGAGAGGUCGGUCCAUUGAUCAGAUGAUCCAGUCUAACAGCUGUGUGUCUGCACUGGUCUCCGUGAGUCGUGGCAGAUUCUGUGUGUUUGACAAUAAUCAGAAAGGAAACAGAGAGCAGGUCAGAGAGUUCCUCCGUCAUGUAGAGAACAUCAUCUCAGAGAACGGAGGAGAACACUGGAACCUACUCGUACAGCCUGCGGGAAAGAACUGGCUGAGUGAGGAAAGGGAGGAAAUGGAGAGAAUCCACAUGUACAGGCACAGGCACUGGGACAUGCACAGGCACUGGUACAGGAUCACUGUACAGAUCUGCUGUGGGUGUUUUUGCAGCACAGCCAGCCGUCUGGACAAACUCUUCAGAGAGCUGAAUGUCUGA